CCGAUAUUUUUACAACAGCAGCUACAUUUUAGUGAAAGUUAACUUACAGUAACUCCUAAAACAUGUUCUGUUUUCGACAUAUUUUAUUUGCAGCUGUAAUUGCUGUACUCAGUUUUGGAAAAGUUAGGCCUUACUGUUAUAAAUCAGAAUAUCCUUCUUGCAACUUAAAACCUAGCAUUCAAGCGUAUUUUUCUGAGUCGACUUCAUACAGCGCUCCUCAUUUACUACUUGAAGGCACUUUACCCCCUUUACGUCAUUUCACACUCUGUACAUGGGCCAAAGCGUGGAAAGUUUCGGAUCAUGGUAGCUUCAUUUUCUCAUACAAUCUUCCACAGAUAGAUAACGAAUUGCUCGUAGGAGUUUACAAAGUUUCAUCACCUUAUAACCCACCUUAUGGACCGCCUUAUGCAAAACAAGUUUAUGAGCUAUCUAUUCAUGUUUAUAAUCAACAAUCCCGAGUUGUUUGUCGCAACUUUGUAGUUGGACAAUGGCACCACUUGUGUUACGUCUGGACUAAUGUACUGGGACGCAAUGAAAUGUAUGUUGAUGGAAUACGAUGUGUAGAAAGCACGACGAAGAUAGCAGUCAGCUACAUAAUCCAAACUGCAGGAACAUGUGUCAUUGGACAAGAGCAAGACGCCGUAGGAGGAGGUUUUGAUCCGAAAGAGGCUUGGAUUGGAGAAAUUGCUGAUCUUCACAUCUGGAAUGAGCCACUACUACCGUCUCAAAUCCAAUAUAUGUCUAGAUGUAACUUUUGUUAUCCUAGAGGAACUGUAUUCAAUUGGUUGCGAGAACCAUUAAUAGCAAAAGAGGUCAUUUUCUCAGCAACUGACGUUUGUGCAAUAGACAUACAAGCACAACCUUUCCAAGAACCCGAUCAGUACGAUUAAAAAUUGUAAUUUACGUUUCGAAGCAACAAACGUAUAACUACUUUUACCGUGAGUAUGUUGCUAUUGAAAGAGUCAGUUGCAGUUGUAACCCUUAUUUUUUUGCUAUUGUCUUGCAGCAUUUCUUUACGUUAUGUGCUUCAAAUAUAUGAUAUAAUAAUCAAGUUGCUGCCAGAAGUUUACGAUUUUGAUUAAGCUGAGACUGUAAAAUUAACUUGAAACAUUACUUGCUUUCUUUCAUAAAUCUUAUUUCUUUGUGAUUUAUUUCGAGAAAUAAAACUUUCUCUUUUUAAAUGAAAUUACUAAUAUAUUAUACUAGGCACUGGUAUACUAGGAAUGAGAAUUUGUGACUAUUCAACAAAAUGCAAAGGAAUUAAGCUGUGUGUAUCGCAGACUGCUUGUAAAGACAGAAAAACCAUAAAACUUUGUAUGAUCUAACUAAACCAAUGAAUAAAUAAAAUCGUUAUGGAAAGCAACAAGGUUCUUCACUUAUCGAAUUCCCUUGUGGUAUCUAAAAAUAACUCGCUAAAGUUUGAUAUACAAGUUUGUAAUUGCUAAAAUUAUUGUAUUUACAUACUAGUAAAAUAAUAAAUUAGACUAGAAAAUUAUGUACUUUCCUAAAUAAAAGAAUAUGUUGUAUCACUUA